AUGGACAAUGAGAUAGUUCCGUUGUCGGCACAAUACCUUGCGUUGGUAAUCAACAGUGUCACCGAACUUGUCUCAGGUCAACGUACUCGUAGUAACUCAGUCAUUCACGCUUACGAAGACCGAAUCCGACUGAGCGUGAUUGAACAAAUCCCACUGGGAGUGGACAUCUACAUCUGCCAACGGCAGUGUACACGUGGCCCUUCGUCGAGAAUUUGUCGACUACGCCUUGAACAGUGUACGAGGCCAGCUGUUACACGAGNGAAACACGAAAACCAAACCGGUGGAUCGAUCGUCCCGGAUGAGACAUUUUUUGCCACACUGAAUCACAACCCGGACGUGUUCCCAAUCCCCGGUGCGUUUACCGGUACCCAUGAGGAGAAUGUGGCUAUCCCGUUGGCUAGGGCCAAGAUCUGGACCGAUUCGCACAUUCCUUGUGGCAGUGGAUAUUGGCAACGGACGGUCUGUAUCUACGGUCUAGCUGAUUUACCGUUCCUAGUCACACAACCGCACUUCUUCGCAAACAAAUUUCUGCCCCAUGUAGAACCGUUAGCGUACGAUCUGUUGGAGUUGUGGUUGGCCACGAAAAUUCGCAAUGAAACGAUGUACGAUCGAUUGUCCGAUUCGUUCAACAGUACUUACUACACUCGAUCCCCGUAUGUCAAACAACAUUUGUGA